AGUGCCUGCCCGCCCCAUCCUCCUAGCAUCCGGUGCUGUUCUAGGAGGAGCCUAAACGUCCGCCCUGCUGAAGGGGAUUGUGGUGCGUAAACAGGAUUAACUCUCUAGCCCCCAGCUGUGCUGAUUUGCGGGGCAGCCUGCCAGUCCAGUCCCCGCGAGCCCUCGCGUGCGUGCAGGGCCCAGCGCGUGGAGCGGGGGAUGGGGCAGCCAGCUGCCUCCCUGCUGUCUCUGGGGCUGGCUCUGGGGCUGAGUGCGGUGGAGGGCCACAGCCUCACCAACAGCUGCUCAAAAUUUGGGGUGGACGGAGGCGACCGCUCCUAGUUGUGGCCUGCAUCCUUCAGCUCCUUCUUCCUCCCUGCGUGUCCCCUCCGCCCAUCGCAGGGCAACAGCUCCCUCCAGCCCGCACUAUCCAUCACCACGGCCACGACUGCUAGCCCCUCUGCCAGCUAUGGGGGACCUACCCGGGCUCGUGCGCCUUUCCAUCGCGCUGCGCAUCCAGCCCAAUGACGGCCCUGUUUUCUUCAAGGUAGACGGCCAGCGCUUCGGCCAGAACCGCACAAUCAAGCUGCUCACCGGCUCCUCCUACAAGGUGGAGGUGAAGAUUAAGCCCACAACACUGCAGGUCGAGAACAUUUCCAUUGGUGGCGUACUUGUCCCACUGGAGCUGAAGUGUAAAGAACCUGAGGGCGACAGAGUUGUCUACACGGGCAUAUACGAUACAGAAGGCGUAGCUCCUACCAAAAGUGGAGAGCGGCAACCGAUCCAGAUCACCAUGCCGUUCACAGACAUUGGGACCUUUGAGACAGUGUGGCAAGUCAAGUUCUACAAUUACCACAAGCGAGACCACUGCCAGUGGGGAAGCCCGUUCUCUGUCAUUGAGUAUGAAUGCAAGCCCAAUGAGACACGCAGCCUCAUGUGGGUGAACAAGGAGUCCUUCCUCUGAAUACAGCUCCUUCCGAUGUGGCUAGACAAUCUCCAGAAAUCUACGUUUAGACAAACCAGCACAAGCCUUAACCAAGGCACACCACACCAUGGUUGUUUCCCAAUGACGUCCUACCCCAGUUACUUUGAAAGUGUGAUUCCUCUCUGAUACAGUAGCGGUGACAUAAACGAUAAUGUCACAUCCCUGAAAGUUCUUCCACACUUUGAUGCUGGUGUUCCUGCAUCUAGCCACGCUCCAUCAUACUGCCUGCCGGUGUGACUGGAGCUCAGAGGGACUAGCAGCUUUGUCCUAUCCAUGAAGUUUCCACGAAAGGACCAUGGUGUUUUGUUUCCAAGACAACCAAUUCCUCCCUUUUGUGUUCAUUGUCAAAUAAAGUAACAAUGUGCUCGAGUCCCCCAUGUGUGUGAUAUUGUAACAUGUAGCAUGCAGUGUUUGUGAGCCUCCAAAGCAGACUUUGUGAAAAUGUAACACAGCAGUAAAUGGAACUGGAAUGCCAUGCUUCCUGUCAACCCCUCCACUUCCUCGGAAACAGAAAAUGACAGAAUAAAUUGAUGAAUCUAUAAAGAAACAUUUAUAAUGCAUUAGUAGUCUUUCCAGUAGCAAGGCAUUAUGCUGUGGCCUAGUUGAAAUCAGGAAAAGACAUUAUUGUGGAAUUGGAAGUUUGGGUCACCCUUUGGGCAAGCUACCACAGACCAAACACACACAGAAAUGGCACACUCCAUACCAUUUCACUUGAGCUCUGUACAACCGUGUAUGAAAUGGUAAUCAACUUUUGCUAUUUCUUAAUAAAGACAUUGAAAAUCA